UGGAUUUCUCUCAAUUUGAUAAUGCUGAAAAGCAGUUGCAGUGGAACAGUAUAAUUAGAGAGAUGAAAUAACCUUAACCUUUUCUUGACAACCUGUUGUUUAAAGGCCGUAACAAAGAAAAAAGCUGCCAUGCACUAAAAGGAAAGUUCAUUAUUUAGUAAUAAGAAUAAGGCCUUCAUCUCAGUGCAGCUGGAAUUGAGGGCUAUUGAACGAGGUAAGGCUCAGGAAAGAAACCUUUGCAUAAUGAGGAAAAAAAAAAAAAUUGAUGAAAUAUAUGAUGUGAAGGUUGAUUAUGUUGACCGCAUACAUAGGAAGCAGAAUGUCUGGCCAGCAGAAAGGAAGCUAAUAAUUAAUUAGAAAGCAAAAGCAAAACUAGGAAUAGUUUCUUCUUUUCACCAAUUUUUUGCAUUUUCAGUCAUUUCCUGUCAGUGUGCUGCCAAACUUUGCCUGAUGGGGAGCUAUUUUGGUCUCCCAGUUGAAUAUGAGUCUGGGGAGUCUCUGGUUUGCUGCAGUAGGACUGCCUUGUGUUUUGUCAAGUGACUUAAUCUUGUAUUGCUCUCCGGUUGCAAACUAUUAUUCCUGGUAGAAUAAAGAUUUGUUUCUUGUGGAUUGGUGGUAGUAUGUUGUCAUUUCAAGAAAGCUGCUUCUCUUGAAGGGAUGCUUGCUACUAAUAAAGCUUAGAGGCACCAUCUAAGCCAUACCUUCUGUCUUAGGGCAGGUAUUUGAAACAGAAAGAAAUCACACCAACUGUGCUUUAGAAUGGUGAAAGUUGCAGUAAUGUGUGCCAUGUUUCCAACUGUGUAAUGUCUUCUGCUCUAAGUACACCAAGACCAACGUGCUUACUACUUGAUGGCUUUCCUUUUGAGGAAGGUAUGGAUACAGAUAAAGAUGACCAACAUGGAAGGCUGGAGUACGCAGACCAACAAGGGAGAAUAAAAAAUGCAAGGGAGGCUCACAGUCAAAUUGAGAAAAGGCGUAGAGAUAAAAUGAACAGUUUUAUAGAUGAACUGGCAUCCUUGGUACCAACGUGCAACGCUAUGUCUCGAAAGCUAGAUAAACUCACUGUAUUGAGAAUGGCAGUCCAGCAUAUGAAAACAUUACGUGGUGCUACAAACCCAUAUACAGAAGCCAACUAUAAGCCUGCUUUUCUGUCAGAUGACGAAUUAAAACAUCUAAUACUCAGGGCAGCAGAUGGAUUUCUUUUUGUUGUGGGCUGUGACAGAGGGAAGAUACUGUUUGUUUCAGAAUCUGUCUUCAAGAUCCUCAACUACAGUCAGAACGAUUUAAUUGGUCAAAGUUUAUUUGACUACCUUCAUCCUAAAGACAUUGCCAAAGUGAAGGAGCAGCUAUCUUCUUCUGACACUGCACCACGAGAAAGGCUUAUAGAUGCAAAAACUGGACUCCCAGUUAAAACUGAUAUAACACCUGGGCCAUCACGACUAUGUUCUGGAGCAAGGCGGUCCUUCUUUUGUAGGAUGAAGUGCAACAGACCUUCAGUGAAAGUAGAAGACAAGGAUUUUCCUUCAACCUGUUCAAAGAAGAAAGCAGACCGCAAAAGCUUCUGCACUAUCCACAGCACGGGAUAUUUAAAAAGCUGGCCACCAACGAAAAUGGGACUAGAUGAAGAUAAUGAGCCAGAUAACGAGGGUUGUAAUUUAAGCUGUCUUGUUGCAAUUGGCCGCCUGCAUCCUCAUGUAGUACCACAGCCAGUCAAUGGUGAGAUCAGGGUGAAACCUACAGAGUACGUUUCUCGACAUGCAAUAGAUGGAAAAUUUGUUUUUGUAGACCAGAGGGCAACAGCCAUUCUGGCAUACUUACCCCAGGAACUUCUAGGUACUUCAUGUUAUGAAUAUUUCCAUCAAGACGAUAUAGGACAUCUUGCAGAAUGUCAUCGACAAGUUUUGCAGACAAGAGAAAAAAUUACAACAAACUGCUACAAGUUUAAAAUAAAAGAUGGUUCUUUUAUUACCUUGAGGAGUCGCUGGUUCAGUUUCAUGAACCCUUGGACCAAAGAAGUAGAAUACAUUGUCUCAACAAAUACUGUUGUUUCCACCAACAUACUUGAUAGCGGAGACGCAGCCUUCCCACAGCUUGCAGCUUCACCACAUAGUAUGGACAGCGUGCUUCAGGCUGGAGAAGGCGGUCCAAAAAGGAGUCAUCCUACUGUCCCUGGAAUUCCAGGAGGAACAAGAGCUGGGGCAGGAAAAAUAGGAAGGAUGAUUGCUGAAGAAAUCAUGGAAAUUCACAGGAUAAGAGGAUCAUCACCAUCUAGCUGUGGUUCAAGUCCACUGAACAUUACCAGCACACCACCGCCCGAUGCCUCCUCCCCUGGCAGCAAGAAGAUCCUGAACGGUGGCACUCCAGACAUUUCUUCAGCUGGAUUACUAUCUGGGCAAAUCCAAGAUAGCUCUGGUUACCCAUAUUCUGAUAACUCCUCUAUUCUUGGGGAGAACUCCCACAUAGGCAUCGACAUGAUUGACAACGAUCAGGGAUCGAGCAGCCCUAGCAACGACGAAGCAGCGAUGGCAGUAAUCAUGAGCCUUCUUGAAGCAGAUGCAGGUCUGGGUGGCCCCGUAGAUUUCAGUGAUUUGCCAUGGCCCUUGUAAAUGAUGCACCUUGCUUCAACAUCCAAAUAUCAAAGUGCAUUUAUUGGUGGAGUUCUGCAGUCUGUGAAACUCAGUGGAUGGAGAAGCUUUUAUGUAUGAAUUUCAUAAAAGCCAUAUCAGAAUGCAACUCAUUCUUACCAUGUGUAACGUCAGACAAAGUGGAAUAACCCGCUACAGUGUUCCGUGUUGAUUUGGUUAGCUGUGUAUAGCUUGCAAUACCUGUAUAUUUUGGAUUCUGUUAUUUGAAUUUUUUUUUAAUCACUGUGCAACUCACGGGCAUCAGUGGUAGCUUUUAUAUGCAAAUGACCAUUUCAGAUGUAUGGUGUGUUUUUACACUGCAAAACAGUCCCCAUGUGGAUAUUUCUUAUACUAAUUGUACCAUAAAGCUGUUUAUUCUUUCUUGUAAGAAUCCUUUACUAUAAAUAUUGUUAAAGUGUAAUGUAUUAGACAGUUAAAUAUUUUUAAAAUAAAUGUUUCCCUUGUUCUAAGAUGGAGCAUUUCCUUUGAUAAAUAAAUUUGAUAAAACCCUGCUGAAGAUGCAUGCAAGAAGCAGUUGCCUAUUUAUCAUUUCUUUAGCUCUGAAGGAAACAGAAAAAUCAAUGCCUUACAGACACUUACGGAAUUCUGUCACUACACUGCAUUCCUAAAGAUAUUACUUAGAAAUUUCAGUUUAAACUACAAAAAAUCCCUUAGCAAGGUGAGUUAAGGCAGACGGCACAACAGAUAUCUGAUUUUAGGAAAUAUCCACUUUUCACUCUUACAUUUGAAGUCAUCUCCAA